AUGAUGAAAGCUGAAACUAGAAUAAAUUUCAAUGAAGACUGGAAGCUUGUGACAUUGUUCAUAGGAGGAAAUGACCUGUGUGACAUAUGUGAUGACCUAGAUUAUCAUUCUCCAGAUAACUUUGUGGCUCGUAUUCAAGAAGCUUUGGACAUAUUGCAUAAUGAAGUCCCAAGGGUGUUUGUGAACUUGGUGUCAGUACUCGACAUAAUACCACUCAAAGAUCUCUAUGACGAUACACGGACUAAGUGCCCACAGUUUUUAAUGAGGAUGCUGUGCAGCUGUGUGGUGAAUUAUCCCCAUAAUUCCACUGAGAUUAAUACACUUAGCUUUGUUAACAGACAGUACCAGGAAAAAACUCGCCAGUUAGUGGAAAGCGGCAGAUAUGACACACGAGAGGACUUCACUGUUGUCAUCCAACCAUUUUUGGAGACUCUUGAGAUACCAAAAACUGUGGACGGAGUGCCUGACAGAACAUUUAUGGCUCCGGACUGCUUCCAUUUUAGUGAGAGAUCCCAUGCACAGGCAGCUCGCGGGCUUUGGAAAAACAUGUUGGAACCUGUUGGACAAAAGACUGUUAGCCAGAAGCUGGAUGAAGUUAUCCCUAUUACAUGUCCACCUCAGGGUGAUCCUUUUGUGAAGACAGCAAAGAACAGCAUUAGCUAUAGCUACCCUAAAAUUACCCAUGAUCCUAGAUCCCUGAUCCCAUGCAAUUUUUACAGGAACGACAAAACAGCCACAACAUCUGUUCACUCAUUGAAUCCCUUUGACAUUAGAGUUGUGUCUUCACUGGGAAGUUUAAAGCUUACUUCAAGUAAAGCAAGUAACCCAGAUCCCUUCCAAAGCAUAGAAGAAUUGCUUCUGUCAGCGAGUCAAUUCACAGUAACAAAAAUGGCUGAAAAACUGUUUUCAUCAGUCAACAGUGUAUCUCUUUCCCCACAACAAUACCUGGAAGAUGAAGCUAAGAAACUAGUAGAGAGUUUGCAGCAAAGCUCAACCAUCUCCUUUGCUGAUGACUGGAAGAUGAUCUUGAUAUUUAUUACAGCUGAGGACGCGUGCGAUUUCUGCAAUCAGGAGAGUCACUCUGAAAGCACAAUUCAGAAACUAAGCAGAGUCCUGGAUUAUUUACACCAACAACUGCCAAAAACCAUAGUGAGCUUAGUGGACUUAACAGAUCUGAGCGUUUUUUACUUGUCACACCCCGGUCAGUCUGAGAUCAGAAAAUCAUGUGAAUGUUUCAGAAAACCUUCUGAUUACAACAAAGCAAUUCUGAGCUUGUCAUUCCAGGGCGCACUGGAAAGGCUCAUAAGCUCUGGCCGUUAUGACACAAGGGAUGAUUUCACUGUGGUGUUACGUCCAGUCCUCAAGAUAGUAGACUCUGACAGUCAGCAAAGGAACAUGAAUAAUGCAGAAGAUUAUCAUUUGCUGUGCUCUGACCAGGAAAGCGUCUUUCUGAACACCCACAAGAACAGUCCUUACAGCUGGCUCAGCAACAUGCUGGACAGUGGAGUGAAGAGCACUGUGUCAAGGGCAAUCGGAUCCAAUUUUACCUGCGUAGACACAUCUCCUUCAGCUACAAUCCCCACAUCUGUUCACAAGCUGAAGCCUGCGGACUUUAAAGUGAUCGGAGCUUUGGGAGACUCACUGACCGCAGCCAAUGGUGCAGGAGCUUUUAUUACUGAUGUUUUAGAUGUGGUCACAGAAUAUCGCGGCUUGUCCUGGAGUAUUGGUGGUGACCAAGAUCUUAGCAAUGUGACAACGUUACCAAACAUACUCCGGAUGUAUAACCCUAAUUUAGAGGGCUAUUCUACAAGAAAAGGGUCACAACACCUUAAAAAUUCGUAUUUUAACCGUGCUGUUCCUGGCGCAAAAGCAGAUGAUAUGCCCGAGCAGGCACAGAAAUUGGUGGACAUGAUGAAAAAGGAACCAAAAGUAAACUUUACAGAAGACUGGAAGCUUGUGACGUUGUUUAUUGGAGGAAAUGAUCUGUGUGGUAUCUGUAAUAACCCGGUUUAUCACUCCCCAGAAAGGUUUGUUGGACGUAUUCGUGAAGCUUUGGACAUAUUCCAUAAUGAGGUGCCAAGGUUGUUUGUAAAUUUGGUGACGAUCCUUAACAUCCUGCCACUCAAGGGGCUUUAUGAUGAUACCCGGACUCACUGCCCAGAAACCAUCAUGAGGGCGCUGUGUGGGUGCGUUGUUGAACAUCCACUUAACUCUUCGCAAAUUCAGACUCUUGAAUUAUUUAACAAGCAGUACCAGGAAAAAACUCACCAGUUAAUAGGAAGCGGCAGAUAUGACACUAGAGAGGAUUUUACUGUUGUCAUCCAGCCAUUUUUGGAGAUUCUUGAGAUACCAAUAAAUGAGGAUGGGAUCCCUGACAGAUCCUUUAUGGCUCCAGACUGCUUCCAUUUUGGUGAAAAAGCUCAUGCACAAGGUGCUCGCGGCCUAUGGAAGAACAUGCUGGAACCUGUUGGCCAGAAAACGGAUAAUCAGAAACUUGAUGAAAACAUCUCUAUACACUGCCCAGCACAGAGUGAUCCGUUUGUGAAGACGGCGAAGAACAGUAACUACACCUACCCAACCAUCACCCCAGAUACAGUUCAUGGAAGCAAACUUCUGUGUGCUGACAAAGCUCCGUCACCUGCAAUACCUACCUCUGUUCAUGCCCUGAGACCUGCUGAUAUAACAGUUGUGGCAGCAGUUGGGGAUUCAUUAACCGCUGGGAAUGGCAUUGCCUCAAAACCACAAGAUGUCCUUGAUGUGUUUACGGAGUACAGAGGCAUGUCCUGGAGUAUUGGAGGAGAUUCUACCCUGGACCGUGUUACUACCUUACCAAAUAUUCUUCUUGAGUUCAACCCGCAUUUGACCGGAUACUCUACAGGAAAAGGAAAUAGUGCUGGCCACGCCUCCUUUUUGAAUGAAGCUGUCCCAGGAGCAAAGGCAUUUAAUUUACCAGAUCAAGUAAGAGCCUUGAUUGAUCAGAUGAAUGGAGAUAAGAGAAUAAACUUUUUAAAUGACUGGAAGGUGAUCACAGUGUUUAUUGGCGCUAACGACCUGUGCGCAUCCUGCACAGACAGUAACUUCUUCUCCUCUGUGAGUUUCAUUACUCACAUAAAAGAAGCUCUGGAUUUGCUGCAUGCAGAGGUCCCCAGAGCGUUUGUGAAUCUUGUGGAAGUGAUGGACAUUAUCCCACUGAGAGAUGCCACGAUGGACAGUCGUGUGAAUUGUCCGACUCUCAUUACAAAAAUGCUUUGCCCAUGUCUGCUGAACAUUCCAGAGGACUCAAAUGAGAUGCAGAUGAUAAAGGAUGCAAACAAAGCCUACCAGGAAAGCAUUGAGCAUUUAAUUGACUCUGGGCGAUACGAUACUCGGGAAGACUUCACAGUGGUGCUGCAGCCGUUCUUCCGAACACCUAAGAUUCCAUUCCUUGAGGAUGGGCGACCAGACAUUUCCUACUUGGCUCCAGACUGUUUCCAUCUUAGUCAGAAGUCUCAUUCUCAGUUGGCUAGGAUGCUCUGGAAAAACAUGCUGCAACCUGUAGGACACAAAGCAGAUGUGCUGGAUUUCGUGGAUAACAUUACUCUGAGCUGUCCGACCCAGGAACAACCCUACUUCAGAACAUAUAAGAACAGCAAUUAUAAAUACCCAGAACAGCCAAACCCAGAACCACCUGUCACGAACUGGGGCAGUGAUCUGUCAUGUGCUGGGGCAGGACCCUCUUCCAGCAUCCCAACAUCAGCUCACAAGCUCCGCCCAGCAGACAUUAAGGUGGUAGCAGCCCUGGGGGAUUCGCUAACUGCUGCUUUUGGAGCCAAUGCAUCUGGACUUCUAGAUCUGUCAAAGGAAUGGAGAGGAAUUUCCUGGAGUAUUGGUGGGGAUGGAACUCUGGAGACGCACACAACAUUGCCAAAUAUUUUGAAGAAGUUCAAUCCUAACAUAAAAGGUUACUCCAUUGGAAUUGGUAAAGAAAACGCAAUGUUUAAUGUUGCGGUUGGCGGAGCUAAGGCAGAAAACAUGCCAAGUCAAGCCCGUACGCUUGUGGACAAGAUGAAACAAAGCAGUGUUAUCAAUUUUAAUGAGGACUGGAAGCUAAUCACGCUCUUCAUCGGGGGCAAUGACUUGUGCCAGUACUGCCAAAACAGGGAUCGGUAUUCACUAAGCAAUCACAUAAAGCACAUUGAGACGGCGCUUGACAUAUUUUACAAUGAGAUCCCUCGAGUCUUUGUGAAUCUUGUAGAAGUAAUGGAGGUCGAGGGUCUGCGAGAUGUAACAUCCGAAUCUAUUGGCUGCAGCAUUUUAAAACCAAACCUGUGCCCUUGUUUUAUAACUCCACGGCAUAAUUCUCCUGAGCUAAAUGAAGUUAAAAAAUUUAACCGUGACUUGCAGGCUCAUGUGGCUGCACUGAGUGAGAAGCAGAAAUAUCAGGGCCGUGAAGACUUUGCAGUUGUGGCUCAGCCGUUUUUCAGAAACACUAUUGUACCAGUGGAUAGCAAAGGAAAAGUAGACGUAAGCUUCUUCUCUUCUGACUGUUUCCACUUCCAUGAAAGAGGCCACGCGGAGAUGGCUAUAGCCCUCUGGAAUAACAUGCUUGAGCCAGUUGGUCAGAAACAAGAUUUUAAUGAGUUUGUGCACAGCCGGACGAAACUAAAAUGCCCUUUAAAUGAUCGCCAGUAUCUCUUUACUCAGAAGAACAGCAGGGCCCCUAUAGAGGAACCAACCCCUGACAAAGACAACGACAAUGGAUCCCAAGUGCCGUACUGGUCUGUGAUCAUAGCCUCAGUAGGGGGGGUGGCUCUCGGAUGUGCAGUGGUUGGCAUUGCAAUGUCUCUGAUUUCACGUAAACGUGCACGCAAGGGGUCUAAACUAACUGGCUCCUCCUUGUGAAAGACACCUUAAGAUUGUUCUCACAAUGACUCACAUUCUAGUGGUCAGGAUUUACCUGUAAUACCCCAUGGGACUAUAGGUAUCACUGCCAGGAACAGCACAUCAUGUUCUAUUACAAUACUUUUAACAGAAUAAAGAAUUAUUCUCAGCUAUGCCAGAGUAACCUCCUGCCCAUUCCGCGGGAAAGUAAUAAGUGACAACAUAAGAUACCAUUUCAUGACAUUGUUAUAUGAGGGAGUUUUUACUAUAAAGGGCUCAUGUAUUCUACUUCAGAACAUGCUGCAAUCUCACUGUAUACAGCAGCUGAACAAGUUGAUAAUCUUUACAAUAUACCAUAUGUAAACAUUACAAUAACUAAGUAGGGCAAAUAAUGUUAACACUUAGUAAGAAAUUUGAUGGAAACCAUAAAACAAUAUUCCUUAACACAGGGUUCCCCAUCCUAAUUCACCCAGGUUCUCAAACAUAUGGUUAUUAUCUAGAAACACCCUUAUAGAUUUCAGAAACAUUUUCCAGCACUAACAAAUUAUUACCAUAUCCAAAAUAACCCACUGAUAUCUCUAGAAAUACACAGUCUCUCUCCCAAAUACAGCAAUACUCCUAUCUAACUCAAAAUACAAGUCAUCUAUUCUUCUUAGUUCCAAACACAUCCAUUCCUAAAAGCACAACUUUUGUAAACUCAUAGCUCUUUCUGCUUGAAGCUGAGUGGUACAAUAAUAAGCUGUUUGCA